ACGUAUGCACUUUGGGGAAUAUUCAACUGAAGACUGGUCACAGGUUUUAACGACCGAAAAUGGUGGGUCGUCACAGGAAUCCCCACAGUUAAAUACUCAAUCCUCCAGAAACAGAAACUCAAAUGUUGUUGAGAAUUCAGCCAAGCUGCAAACUAACAAAGAGUUUGCAGGGUCAAGCGUCUUCUCAAAGGAAGAUAGAAGUUCCAAGUCUUCAGUUCGAGCUGGGUUUUCAUACAAUGAUCGAUCAACUCAUAGCACCAGGACCUGGAAUGCUUUGCAUCGUUUGUUGAAAAUGCUUGAUGAUGCAGAGACUGAUAAUCAAUUCAACGAGAAGACUGUGUUUCAAGCAGCUGAAUCUCAAGGCAUCGACAAGGAAAGUUGUAUAUAUUACGUUCCAAGGGGAAUAAUAAAUAGGGGUAAUACUUGUUUCAUAAGUGCUGUAUUGCAGGCUUUAUUAGCGGUGGAUAGUUUUCGCCUUUUGUUUUUAUAUUUACUGAAUAUAAUAAGGGGAGCAACAGAGGAAGAUAUCAUUUCUUGGCAGGAUUUUUCCUUUCAGUUUCCACUUGUGCAAAAAUUGUGUCGAGUGAUAGAGCAAUGCAUGUUAGAAGGAAGCAACUCCAAAACUUCAGGAGAAAAUUCGGCUAAUGUCCAAGUAUUAGCAACAAAAUGGUACAGUCGAAAGGAGUCUGCUCAAGCCAUGAUGUCACGAAUAUCAAAGAGUCCUAUUUCCAUUGAAGAUUGGUUUCAAUGGAGAAGAAGCGAUUUUUUACCGACUCAACCCGAUGUUCUUUCUUGGGUUAAUAAUGACACCAGAAAGGGAAGCGACAGAAAGAACAGUCCACAAGAGAUCAAUUCAAGCUUUGUUAGUCCUCGAUUGAAUUCAUUCCUUUCUUUUAUUUUUGGAGGCAAUCAGGAAGAUUCACAAGAAUUCCUUAUUCAUAUAUUGAACGAAUUACAUGAGGAGAUACGCACCCUGCGCAAAUAUUUGGAGGAACAUUUAUUAUCCUCGAGCGAACUUCAAACCGAUGGAGAUUCGGAAUAUCCCAAAAGUGGCAUUGAGCAUCAUCUUAGUAAUUUGUCGUUUUGUAGAGACAAUGAUUCAGACGAUGGUUUUUGGGAAGAAGUUGGAAGGAAAGGAAAAAGUGCAAUUAUUCGACCGUUUCAAUUUCAGUCUUCUUGGAUAUCAUUCAUUUUUGGAGGCAUUUUAAGAAGUGAACUACAUCGGAUUGGUUCGAAGUCAUCAGUCUCUCGAGAACCAUUUCUUUUCUUGGAGUUGGAUAUUCAGAGUCCCCACGUUCAUAAUCUUUAUGACGCUCUACGCCUAUAUAUAGAACCUGAGAGUCUUGAUGAUGUAUUUUCGGAGACUACAAAGCAAAAGGUCCAGGCUAGGAAACAGGUUACCAUAGAGAGACUCCCCAGAGUAUUCAUACUACAAUUGAAGAGAUUUACUUUAAGAAAUGGGGAUGAGGUGUACAGAAAGCUCGGAAAGCACAUUGAUUUUCCCGUGGAUCUCUGUUUACCUAGUAUGCUCCUCACAUUUUCACAUUCGUAUACGAAGCCUCAGAACAGAAGUUACUCUUUAGCGGCAGUUGUUACGCACUUGGGUAGAGAACUCGUUGGUGGACAUUAUAUUUGUGAUAUUCGGUGGCGUGUUCCUCUUAAAAGUGGACAGAGAGAGGAAACAGUGUGGCUUAAUUGUGAUGAUAGUAGUAUAAGCUGUAUUUCUGAGAAGACUGUACUGAAUAGGCAAGCUUAUCUUUUAUUUUAUGUAAAAAAAGAUGAAUCUUGAUGUGGAAUGGCCAAAUGGAAGAUUUUUCAUUUUACGAAGUUUUUCUAGAAAUUAAAAUUGGGCGCCCUGUG